GGCUUCCGGCAGCGAGUAGCCGUGAUUGGUGGAUCCUGGGAGAGGGGCGGGUCAUCGGGCAAUUCGAAUGGGAGAGGCGGGCCCGAAGGAGGGAGUGGAAUGGUUGCUGGGUCCUCCUUGCUGCUGAGGCGACGCGAGAUGGCGGCGGCUACCUCAGGAGCUGGUCGCUGUCGGCUAAGCAAGAUGGGGUCUGGCCGGCGCCCACCUCCAGCUCGAGUAAGGGUGGCUGUGCGGCUGCGGCCAUUUGUGGAUGGAACAUCUGGAACAAGUGAAUCCCCCUGUGUGCGAGGCAUAGAUAGCUGCUCUCUUGAGGUUGCCAACUGGAGGAACUACCAAGAGACUCUAAAAUACCAAUUUGAUGCCUUCUAUGGGGAGAAGAGCUCUCAGCAGGACAUCUAUGCAGGCUCAGUGCAGCCCAUCCUGAGGCACUUGCUAGAAGGACAGAAUGCCAGUGUGCUUGCCUAUGGACCUACUGGGGCAGGGAAGACUCACACAAUGCUGGGUAGCCCAGAGCUACCUGGAGUGAUUCCCCGGGCUCUCGUGGACCUCCUACAGAUGACAAGGGAGGAAGGUGCUGAGGGCCGGCCAUGGGCCCUCUCUGUUACUAUGUCCUACUUAGAGAUCUACCAGGAAAAGGUAUUAGACCUCUUGGACCCUGCAUCAGGAGACCUGGUGAUCCGAGAAGACUGUAGAGGAAACAUCCUGAUUCCAGGCCUCACACAGAAACCCAUCACUAGCUUUGCUGAUUUUGAGCGGCACUUCCUGCCAGCCAGUAGAAAUCGGACUGUAGGAGCCACCCGUCUCAACCAGCGUUCUUCCCGCAGUCAUGCCGUGCUCCUGGUUAAGGUGGAUCAGAGGGAACGUUUGGCCCCAUUUCGGCAGCGGGAGGGAAAACUCUAUCUGAUUGAUUUGGCUGGCUCAGAGGACAACCGGCGCACAGGCAACCAGGGUCUACGGCUCAAAGAGAGUGGAGCCAUCAACACCUCCCUGUUUGUACUGGGCAAGGUGGUGGAUGCGCUGAACCAGGGCCUUCCUCGUGUACCCUACCGGGACAGCAAGCUUACUCGCCUGUUGCAGGACUCUCUGGGUGGCUCUGCCCACAGCAUACUCAUUGCCAACAUUGCCCCUGAGAGACGCUUCUACCUAGAUACAGUCUCUGCACUCAACUUUGCUGCUAGGUCCAAGGAGGUCAUCAACCGGCCUUUCACCAAUGAGAGCCUACAGCUUCAUGUCUUGGCACCUGUUAAGCCGUCUCAGAAAGAACUGCUAGGCCCAUCAGAGGUGAAGCAAGCCCAAGGUUCUGAGGAAGAGGAGAUUAGAAGCCCUGAGCCCACAGUAGCUCCAGUCUCUGCCUCCCAGAAACUCAGCCCCCUGCAGAAGCUAAGCAGCAUGGAUCCAGCCAUGCUGGAACGCCUCCUGAGCCUGGACCGCCUGCUGGGUUCCCACGGGACCCAAGGGACCCCUCUGCUGAAUACCCCAAAGCGGGAGCGGAUGGUGCUCAUUAAGACAGUGGAGGAGAAGGACUUGGAGAUUGAGAGGCUUAAGAUGAAGCAAAAAGAACUGGAGGCCAAGGUGCUGGCUCAGGAGGCCUCAGACGCAAAGGAGAAGGAGAACUGCUCUCUCACAAUGCUCCGACCCCUUCCCCGUCGCACAGUCACAACAGCAAAACCCCUGAAAAAGGCUGUGGUGAUGCCCCUACAACUCAUUCAGGAACAGGCAGCAUCCCCAAGUGCUGAGAUCCAUGUCCUAAAGAAGAAAGGCCAGAAGAGAAAGCUGGAGUCCUUGGAUGCCUCAGAGACCCAGGAGAAGGCUGAGGACUGCUGGGAGCUACAGAUCAGCCCAGAGCUGCUGGCCCAUGGGCGCCAAAAAAUACUUGAUCUGCUGAACGAAGGCUCAGCUCGGGAUCUGCGCAGCCUGCAGCGCAUUGGCCAGAAGAAGGCCCAGCUCAUCGUGGGCUGGAGGGAGCUCCAUGGCCCCUUUACUCAGGUGGAGGACCUGGAACGCGUGGAGGGCAUCUCCGGGAAACAGAUGGAGUCGUUCCUGAAGGCGAACAUCCUGGGCCUGGCCGCCGGCCAGCGCUGUGGUCCCUCCUGACAGCCAACUCCUCACGCUGCCUUUUAUAUAUAUAUAUAUAUAUAUAUAAUUUUAAGUCCUUGUAUCACCGCGUGUUGUAAAUACAGCUUUUCCUCCCGUG